UCGGUGUUUGCACCUGGCAACAAUACAUGGCCCGGUUUAACCGAUCUAGCUCAAUCUUGGUGGAGUACUUGGGAUAAACAUUAUGGCAAGAACUGACGACUGCUUCGCCGGCUACAUUGAGAUCCUUUUUGGAAGGAAACCCACAACAGUAUACCAUUGAACACUUGGGAGACAAGGAAAUGAAUGCUUGGGAUACACCGGUUAUCUAUCAUGACCUCAAAGAGAAUAAUGAACGUAGACAGUACAGACCCAUGCCUCCAUUAUCCAAUAUUACCAUUGCCAGUGAUGAUUGGUUCCACAAACAAUUUACAGGCCCUCCCGCCAUCCACAAUGAACCGAAACAGGACGCAGUGGAGCCGGUACCUACCGAUAACAACGUUCCGUCAGCUCAGAAUACAUCAGCAGAUUUCAAGGAUGACGGCGAGGACCAGAAGGAUCAAGAGCAAAAUUCCGACGUAAACAUGGGUCCAGAUGACUCGCACAAUGAGCCCAGUCACGCAGAAACGACACGCAACGAUGACACCCAGGUCCAAGUUGAGAACGAGCUCCAGCAGGAGCACGAACACAAACAGGAAGAAGAACCAGUGGUUCGUGAAAUGCCCGAGAUUCCUGUGUUUGUCAAUGUAUGGGAUGAUCCUCAAAAUGAGCCCCCUUCGUUUGAAUCACUGUCGGUAGAACGCCAGCAAGAAGCGGCCCACGUACACGAUUACUACAAUCAAUUCACAGGCAUGGAUGAGUAUACUGCGAAAGUAGAGGAUACCUCGGCUUUUCCCUGGGAAUCGUACAAUGACACCACGCCGACGCGCGUAUGGCUCAAUGAACCGCCUGAGAAACCAGCUUCGGAAACCGAAAGUCAAGACAAUUGGGUGUCGGUGGAUCGCACGGAUUACUCUGGCGGCAAUGGAUCGGUGAACGAAGAAGAGUCACCCCAUUCAAGCUCUCAAGAAGAGCUGACGACAUCAGCCGAUCCCGACCCGGUCCCACCACAGGAAGAGCAGUCUCAAGAUCCAAUCAUUGACUCCCCGGUGCCAUCCACCAUUGAGCCUUCUGAGACCGUGAAUGAACCGGUGACGGAAGGAAACGUUUACGCCAUGGAUUUGAUACCAUCGACUCCUUCUCCUCGAAGAGCUGCCACGUUGCCAAAUUUCUUUGAUGAUACCCGAGAACCUGGUAACGAUUGGAGUGACCGUGAUUUGAUCCCACUACCGUUGAAGCCUUCAAGCAAGUUACUCUUGAGCGGCUACAGUUCACCGAAUCCAUACCACGUUACCAUGCCGACCCGAUAUGGCGGGUAUACCUCCAAUAGCCGACGUCACAGCUUCCACGAAGCCUAUGCCGGCGGCAGUAGUAGUAAAUCCCCCUCGGGAAGCAUGCCUACGAGUCCGCGAACCUUCAAGUCCACCAAGACGGAAGAAAAGCAAACCCAUCGUUUGUUUGCGUCGGGACACUCCACGUACAGCAAGACCCCUUACACAUCGGCGGCGGCCACCCCAACCAAAGAACUCGAAUUCUUUCUUCCGUCGUCCGAAGAGACAGAGACCGAUCCAGCUGACAGUAUAAAGGCAGCCAAUCCAAAAACUGUCUUUGAUUUUGAAUCUUACAACAUUGAUCUGGCUACGGAAAAAUUGCGACAUCGCAGAUCCAGUGGAUCUAGUCCACCCAAGGCCAUGAUCAGCGACCAAUUCACGGCCGCCGAUGAUCAUUGGGAUACGGAGCAAGCGUUGGCCCGUCUACGCGAUCACAGCGAAACAUUAUUGUUCCAUAAAACGAUGGAUUCGCUCAAGGAAAAGGAAAAGGAAAAGGAGAAAGCGGUCAGUCAUCAUGCGGUCAGUCCGCCGGCGAUCUCACCAUCGUCACCGUCACCAUCGGUGAAUGAAGUUCCGGUGGAUAUCAGCCCUGCAGCAUGGGAUAUGGGAGAACCGGCGUCGCCUAUCGAAUGGCCCAUGAAUCGAGCUUCGACCAUGGAUGGGAUCAUUUCGGGAACAAUUUCCCCGCGAACCCCUGUUGCCGAGAAACUGGAAUCCAAUUUGACUCAAGAAAUUGAGGAAACAAAACGACUUUAUCGCCAGCGCACUAAUUACGCAUUGAACGCAUCCCAAGUCGCUCAUGCCACCAUUUUGGAAACUGAGUUUGAUUUGUCAAAGAGUCUGUUGUUCGAGCGACGCGUAAAGAAUGCUCAGCCUGAAGUGACUCCUCCCGUCGACCAGCCUUAUAUUACGACAGAAACACCCAAGGAAACAGACACCUUUGCUGCCUUUUUCAGCGAAGACAUCAUGAAGGAAGCCCGUCAGCGUCUUUUAGCAUUGGCAGCAGAGAGAAACGAAGAAGCUAUUUCUGAAAAAGAGAAGCAAACGUUCACGCAAGCUUUCGCGACCGUGGUGCCCGAUAGCAACAUGAGCGGCAUGAACAUGGCCAAGGACGAGAUGCAGGAUGUAACCGCUGCUGUCGUAAAGGAUAUCGCAGAAAACGAUGAGGAAGUAGAUGCGUUGGCGAGCGUAGAGGAUGAUCGUUCCUCCAUUGCAAGCGUUAUGGCUUCACCUCAAAACAACGAUAAGGAUGCCGACUCGGAGACGAGAUUAGCUAAAAGCCUACCGAGUGCUGCGGUUGGAUUAGUCGGUACAACGGCGACCGUUGCUUCCGACAGCAGCGUGGAAGAGAGAGAAACAGAACUCGCAGCAGAUCCUGAAAGUCUCCCAAGCCAAAAAGAUCAACAAGAUUCUUUGAGAAUCCCUGAUGCCGAUUUGCCGACGCAAGACACAGCAUCCGUUGACAAAAAAGAAGACUCUUGCACGAAUGCAGCAGAUGACCUGGCCUCUGCAACUCAAGCAAAGGACCAAAUUCUGGAGGUGGCGGAACCCAAAAGUAAUCCGUCUCCUGAAUCCGAUGAGCUCGCUCAAGACUCACUUGAGGUAUCAGCCGAGAUCGACCUUUCCCAGGAACCAAUCAAGGAGCCUAUAGAAGAACCAGCCAACAAUGAGCCGGCUAAAAGAGACAUUGCCGUGGCUGAGCCGCAGGUGCUCGAAAAGCGGCAAGAUCCGUCAGUGCUGUCUGCGCAGCAGAAAGAAGACGAUGACAACCAAGUUAUCGAUCAAGCUUCCAUCACCGCAUCGGACACUGUCCCCACGGAUGAGCCUUGCUCUACAGCGGCGUCAGUGACAGAGACAAAUGACGAUGCAGAUCCGUCAGUGUUGUCUGCACAGCAGAAAGAAGCUGGUGACAACCAAGUUAUCGAUCAAGCUUCCGUCACCGCAUCGGACACUGCCCCCAAGGAUGAGCCUUGCGCUACAGCGACGGCGUCAGUGACAGAGACAAAUGACGAUGAAGACCCAUUGGUGGUGCCUGCACAACAAAAGGACGAGCAAGCUUCUGUGACGGUAUCAGCCACUGAGCCCACGAAGGUAUCCAGCGCAACGGUUGCAGUCAAAGACGCGGUGACAGAGAUAAAUGACGACGGAGCCAUACCAGUGACAAAACCAGGCAACAUGGACAAAGUACCAAAUGCCACGGAGACGGAAAAUGGGUCAUCGUCAGUGGACUUUCCGCAAAUUACUGUUGCUUCGGACGAACCAGCGCCUGCGUACGUAACGGUCUCUCAUCAGUCGCAGAGCUCAGCUCCUCUACUACUUGUCUCUGAAACUGAUGGUUUAACGGACGUUUCUGAUGAAGAGAUGGACUUUUUGUCGGCCGUCGACGAAAACGAGUUGCCCAACGAUACCAGUUCGUUGCACAGUGGCGAUUUUUUCUCGGUUGGGUCGUCCGCCGAAGACGACGAUGAUCGUCGAAUUGAGUUGCAAACCAUUGCAGAAAAUGAGCCGCUCAGUUUGCCACCUUCGGAAUCGUUUCUUACCUCGGUACCUUGAAACGGCAAAUAAUGCAUCUCUUACAGUAAUUCCUCCAUUCGUAUAGACAACGAGGAUCGCAUGGCAGGAUUUUUUUUUUCCUAAUUGCGAGAGAUAUUUUUCAUCAGCUUGAUGGAAAAAAAAAAGAGAAAAAAAAAGUUUGAUAUUAAUGUGCAUAAGCAUUUGAUCCAAUAAAAUAAUGACAUGAAAUAACGGCUAAG